AUGUCGUCGACGCAGGUCGGAGAUACACAUGGCACUGAUGUGAUGAUGUCACAGAGGGACAUGUCGCCAACGAGCCAUACACCGUCAGCGUCAUACUCGAUCAACGAUGCGUUCUCUCGAUCUCGACCCGUGCCUGGGCAUCGUUGUUUUCCCACGCCACAGACCAGUAGCUGGGAGAAGGACACAAAUGUGCACACAUGCAGGAGGUGUAUGCGCAGGUUUACUUUGUUUUUUCGAAAGCACCAUUGCCGCCGUUGUGGGCGGAUUUUUUGUGAUGCAUGCACGUCGCAUCGUGCCUAUAUACCCGAAAAUGUGCAUAUCACCGACCCAGCUUUACCAGAGAUGCUCGAUUCUGAAAGUAGGUCAGCUGUGCGCAUAUGUGACUGGUGCAUGAAUGAGUAUCAUAUCGAGCCAGUGUCCCCUCGUGUUAGGACCACCGCUACUGAUGACACAUCUACAUGGACCCACCUCCUGUGGCGCAUAUCCACGCCGUGGUCGGGCGAGGCCCCGUCACCCAUUGAUCCUGAUGCGUUGAACGAGUGUCCUGUGUGCGAUUUACAUCUACCUACGCUCGCUUCAACGCAGGAACGCGAACAGCACGUUGCCACAUGCCUCGAGGACGGUGCGCCACCAAGUCGCGCUCUCCGAAUGCAUUUCCUCGCAUCAAAUCUGACAGCAGACUCGGCCCUGAUCGGAAAGGAGUGCAUUAUUUGCAUGGAGGAAUUUGUGGCACGCGAUCGUGUGGCACGUCUCACUUGUAUGUGUUGCUUCCAUGUCGACUGUAUACGCCGGUGGAUGGCCAAGGGACACGCUUGCCCCUUGCACGCCACGGACACCUGA